AUGUUGAAUUGGGUUCAAUUGGUCACGACCCCUACAGACGACACACCUGGGACGUGCCUGCUACUACACUACGAUGACCAGCGGUACAUCUUUGGCGGCCUGGCCGAGGGUACGCAGAGAGCCAUGGUACAGCGCAAGAUCGGGUUGAAUAGAGCCGAAGAGAUGUUCCUAACUGGCAUAGUAAACUGGCGCAACGCUGGUGGCUUGAUGGGCAUGAUCCUCACCCUUGCCGAUAUCGUCUCUUCGCAAAAGGAAGCAACAAAGACUCUCAACGAAGAGCGCAAGCAAAAGGGCCGCAAGGCCAUCCAAGAUGUUGCAAUCUCCAAGCUGAGCAUCCAUGGCGGCAAGAAUCUGUCACACUUCCUCGCUACUGCCCGGCGCUUCAUAUUUCGCAAAGGUCUUCCACUUCUGCCUCACGAAGUCAGAGAAGACCCGCGGACAGGGACCAAGGGGAGCAACGAGCCCGAUUUCAAGGACCACAACAUCAAAGUCUGGUAUAUGCCCGUCGAAUCAGCGGCUGAGAGCACAACCCCUAUUCAGCGGAAACGUAGUCACGAUGAAAUAUCGGGCCCGAAUGGGCAGAAUGACCAUGACACAGAGGUAGUUGAGAGAAUAGUCACGCAAAUGUUCGACUCCAACUGGAACAUGGAUGCCCUGAUAGAGACGACUCUGCAUCAGGUGCAGUUGCCGGCGAAAGUUUUUGUGCGCGGCGACAACGGCCACAUUCAAGUCUACGAGGGACUGCUGCCAGGAGAGGCCGACGACGUCCCCGAUAUUCCGGUACUGGUGCGGGAGCCUUGGCCGGCAGCAAAAGUACAAUCCCUCCCACGCACCGAGCCUUCUCGGCAGUCUAUGUGCUACAUUGUCAAAAACCAUGACAGGAGAGGCAAGUUCAAACCGGAAGCCGCGCAAGCCCUCAACGUCGCCAAGCGCGACUACAGCAAACUCACAAAAGGCGCAAGCAUUACCACGGAGGACGGGAGAACCGUAACGCCCGAGAUGGUGUUGGAAGACAACGUCAUCGGCAAGGGCUUUGCCAUCGUGGAUGUACCUGAUGACUCUUUCGUCGAGCCCCUCGUCAGUCGCACGGAAUGGUCAAACAACGACAUCAUGGAAGGCAUCACUGUCAUAUUUUGGACCCUUGGUCCUGGUGUUGUCAAGGAUAGUCGUAUUCAGGACUUCAUGAAGACUCACGAGACGCUGCGCCACAUUGUGUGCUCCGAAGACACGUCUCCCAACAUGAUUGCCUUGGAGUCUGUCGCAACCCAAGCGUGGAAGCUGCGAGGUCUUGACCGAGAUCGAUUUCCUGUACCCUCAUAUAAUAACGCAUUGUCCUUGUCGGGCGAGUCAACGACAUGCGUAUCUGACUUGUACGAAGUCGGCAGGACAGGAAAGAUGAUUCAGUUCUCUCCUAAUUAUCUUCACCAGGAUGACAAAAUUGUCCCCUUUCCCGACCUGCCCAAACUUGCUACUACUGAAUCGGAUCCUCGUGUGUGGCUCAAGGCUCAGAAGUUGUCCCAACACGCCAGGGAUCAAAUCGAAGAAGCCGCACAGUGGAUUGAUGACGUUACGUCGGAUAUUCCAAAUCGAGAUGCUGAGAUUAUCACACUCGGCACGGGAUCUGCUCUACCUUCCAAGUAUCGCAACGUGUCUGCGACUCUGGUGAAGAUCCCAGGCGUCGGAAACUACCUGUUUGACGCUGGCGAAAAUACCCUUGGGCAGAUGAGGCGGACGCUCAACAAUGAGUUUCCAGAAGUGGUGCGAAAUCUGAAGGCUAUCUGGAUCAGCCAUCUACACGCCGAUCACCAUCUAGGAACCGCUGGCGUCAUAAAAGCCUGGCACGAGGAGACGAGCAAAACAAAUCCGUCGGCUAGAUUACAUGUUGCAUCGCAUCAGCAUAUGAUUGACUGGCUGAGGGAGUACGCCGAUGUUGAAGACUUUGGGUUCGAUCGGCUCGCAUACACUUCAUUCCGCAACUGGGAUCGCUCUGAUCGCCUUAAAAUCGCCGAACCGAAGAUAUUCAGCCGGGAAGAGACUGCUAGAUGCGGCCUCGAGAGAAUUGACGCUUGCUUCGUUCAACACUGCAAUGGUGCAAUGGCAACCGUGUUCACGUGGCCGUCUGGGCUGAAGAUUGCGUACUCUGGUGAUUGUCGACCCAGUGACGGGUUUGUCCAGAUAGGCCAGGGUGCCACGGUCUUGAUACACGAAAGUACGUUUGACGAUGAGUUGAAGGGUGAUGCAAUUGCGAAGAAACACUCGACCAUGUCUGAAGCCAUUGGCAUUGGACGGAGAAUGGGGGCGAGGAACAUCCUGCUCACGCAUUUUUCGCAGCGGUAUCAGCAAAUUCCGAUCAUCGAGGAGGACACCGCCGACAAGGAGGAGGCCAAGAAGCAAGCGGUGACCCUUGUGGCGUUCGAUUACAUGCGUAUUAAAAUCGGAGAGUUCAGGAAAGCGCGAGCUUUCCUGCCGGCGAUCCAGAAGCUGUUUGAGGAUUCAAACACCGUGAACUGA